AAGAAAACAUGCUUCUCAUUUAAAGUGUAUUUGCUAGAGCUAUUCCAGUGUUGGAAUCAGUUCAUUUGUAUAGCUUAGAGGCAUUAAUAAGAACAGAGAACUGUAAAGUCACCAGAAAAAUCCAAACUGUUAGUAGGAAUCCAAGGUAUUUUUUAAAAGCAUUUCGUCUAUUCGGCAUCACAGUCUUCUGGUAGGAACCUGAACCAAUUGACAUAGAGGAAACCUCUGGCAGUCCGUCCAAAAAGAUUGCAAGCAAGAAGAUGACAUGUUUUCUGCAAACCUGGAAAGUCUAAAGAUUACAAUAAUUGUUGGACCAAAGGGACCCUCUUCAGGCAUAAAUAGCAAGACUCCUACUGUCUUCUCUUGCAGACCAACUCAGCUGCCAGCAAAAGCAGGUGCUCUCCUCUUACCAGUGCUCCAGAGGAAAUAUUUAGGAAUGGAAAACCUGAUGUUUGUCUACUGCUCCUGCAAAGUUAUCUGGACGCUGCUUGUAACAAUUCUAGGCUAUGCCAGCAGCUUGCCUCUGGGUGAUGACUCUAUUUGCACAGCAGAGGAACUUGCAAAGUACAGUAUAAUCUUCACAGGGAAAUGGAGUCAGACUGCCUUCCCCAAACAGUACCCGCUUUAUAGGCCCCCAGCACAGUGGUCAUCAAUGCUAGGUGUUACUCAUAGUUCUGACUAUAGCAUGUGGAAAAAAAAUGAAUACGCCAGCAACGGUGUACGUGAUUUUGCUGAAAAGGGUGAGGCAUGGGUAUUAAUGAAAGAAAUAGAAGAAGCUGGAGAGAAAAUUCAGAGUGUGCAUGGAAUCUUCUCUGCUCCUGCCAUUUCCAGUGGCACAGGACAAACCUCCACUGAAUUACAAGUGCAUUCAAGACAUCCAUUAGUUUCAUUUGUUGUACGAAUUGUGCCAAGUCCCGACUGGUUUGUGGGUAUUGACAGCCUAAACCUCUGUGAAGGGGACCACUGGAUGGAAGAGAUAUCAGUAGAUCUAUAUCCGUAUGAUGCUGGAACCGACAGUGGCUUCACAUUUUCCUCCCCAAACUUUGCCACUAUUCCACAGGACACAGUUACAGAGAUCACUUGUUCCUCUCCAAGUCACCCAGCAAACUCAUUUUAUUAUCCCAAACUCAAAAUUUUGCCACCUAUUGCUCAAGUAACAAUGGUGAAAUUAAAGAAAAACCAGUUGGGUUUUCCCAUACCUCAUCUUAACCAGCCAGCUAAAAGCAAUGAAAUACUUGACACGUUCUCAGAAACACCACUGGACUGUGAAGUUUCACAGUGGUCUUCCUGGGGUCUCUGCAGAGGUCCUUGCAGAAAAACAGGGACCAAGAUCAGAACUCGUUUUGUAGUUCUUCACCCUGCUAAUGAUGGAAUGCCUUGUCCAAGUCUGGAAGAAGAAGCAGGAUGUGAACCAGAUAAUUGUGUCUGAAAUAAAGAAAAGAUAAUAAUUUAGAUAAUUUAAAAGUAAGAUAAGUGUAACUAAACCUAAAACACAUGUCAUUCAGUCUUCCUUAUAAUUCAGGUAUGCCACACUAUUUUGCUGACAAGAUAUAUUAGACUGGUUUUGAACAUUGCUGUUUAGUAUCAAGACUUUGGGGUGUUACAUUCUUAAGGUUUAGUAUGACAACAGUACUUCAUCAUUUACAGAUCAGAAAACCCAAAUAAAUCUCUGUUAUACACUCUAAGUUCUUGGAGUACCCUCUAGUGGCAGAAAAGAAGACAUUUGGAAAGAUUUUGCUUCGGAUGUGAAAACCAUGCAAUCAAAAAAUCUUAACUAAUAACAUCCUUAAAUACUGUAAUUUGUUGAUUUACAACUAUUUAUACCUAGCAAUUAAUUUUUUUCUCUAAAUUAUGUAUAUUGUAAUUUAUUGGCUAUUUUGUUGUCUUUCUAAACAUGUUUUACUUGCCUUUCUUCAGAAACUACUUCUAUAAAUCAGAGUGACCAGAUUUUUGCAGUGUGGCUAAGACAAUAACAUGAUUGAGUAAACUCAUCUUGAGACUUAUGAAUACAUGAAAAUGUCUUUUUUUUUUUCCCCCCUCAAAAGUGAGAAGAAUAUCUACCACGAGGACACUCAGCCAACAAAAUUACUAGAAAGAAACAGAAGUUUGGAUAGCAGUAGAAAAACUCUGAACUUAACUUUAAAAGCUUAACUGAGAUUUCAGACCUGAUCGAUGCUUAGUGUGUGCCCCUAAUGAGGCAACUGUCUGAAAAAUAGUUGUUAAGACAUUAACACUGUUGGCUGUAAUAGAAAUUAUAUAAUUCUCUCUGUGUAUGCAGUAAAUGUGUCCAUGUUUCUUUAAA